AUGGCCUCAAGGAAUCACAGCAGCAUCACAGAGUUCAUCCUUCUCGGGCUGUCUGCUGACCCCCAUGUCCAGGUUCUGCUCUUUGUUCUGUUCCUGAUAAUUUAUCUUCUGACUCUGCUGGGGAACCUGCUGAUAAUACUCCUGAUCCAUACAGAUUCUAACCUCCACACACCCAUGUACUUCUUCCUGAGCCAUCUCUCCUUCCAAGACCUCUUCUAUUCUUCAGUCACUGUGCCCAAGCUGCUGGAGAACCUCCUGUCUCAGAGGAAAGCCAUCUCAGUAGAGGGCUGCCUGGCUCAGGUCUUCUUUGUGUUUGCCACUACAGGGAUUGAGGCUUGCCUGCUCUCAGUGAUGGCCUAUGACCGCUAUGCUGCCAUCUGCCACCCUCUGCUCUAUGGACAGGUAAUGAAUAAACAGCUAUGUGAGAGGUUGGUGUGGGGCUCUUGGGUCGUGGCCUUUCUGGAUGCACUCAUGAACAUCCUCCUGGCUUUGAAUAUGGACUUCUGUGAGCUUCAAACCAUCCACCACUACUUCUGUGAGCUGCCUUCCCUCUUCCCUCUCUCCUGCUCCAAUGUCUCCACCAACUCUGCAAUGCUACUCUGCUCUGCCCUCCUGCAUGCCAUUGGGACCUGCCUCCUGAUC